GGAAUUAAAGGCACCCCGACAGUGAAGUCUACAGCUCUGUGGAAAUACUCAGAACACAUUGAGACACAAAGCCUCCUCCUCGGGACGCUCGGUCUCAGAAUAAGCUCGUGAGUCCGGUGUUGUUCCGUGACAGCUGUGAGUUUCCUCAAAUCAAACCGACACAAACAAACACCAAACCCGUCAGGAUCCGUGAUGACGAGCCCGGGAGAUUUUCUGGCAUGUUUUAUCGACAGAUAUUUGUUCCAGCGUGUGUGUGUUUGCGUCUCGCAGGGGUUUCCCGUAUGCUGGAUGUUUAUUCUUUCGGUUCUGCCGCGUUUCUCUGAAGUCUUCAGCUCUCAAUGGUGCUGGAGACACACGCUUCCACGUAACGCUCCACCCAUCUCUCCACCUAACGCGCUUUGACUUAUUUAAGAAUAGAAACACCUUCCUCUGACAGGACUUGAGAAGUGUCGGCUUUCAAAGCGAAGCUGUCUGCAUUCACCAAGACAUGAACUUAGAUGGGGACAGCAGCAUGUCAGUCAGUUGUGGGAAUGGCAAACUUAGACAGUGGCUCAUCGAUCAGAUUGACAGCGGGGACUAUCCCGGCUUGGUUUGGGAAAAUGACGAGAAAACCAUUUUCAGGAUUCCCUGGAAGCACGCGGGGAAACAGGACUACAACCGGGACGAGGACGCCGCGCUGUUCAAGGCUUGGGCUCUGUUCAAAGGCAAGUACAGAGAAGGCUUGGACAAACCAGACCCUCCAACGUGGAAGACCAGGCUCCGCUGUGCCCUGAACAAAAGCAAUGACUUUGAUGAACUGGUGGAGAGAAGCCAGCUGGACAUCUCAGAUCCUUACAAGGUCUACAGGAUAAUACCAGAAGGAGCCAAGAGAGGCUCUAAGUCCAGCAGUAUGGAUGACGGCGCAGGACACAUGCCUUCUAUUAGUUAUCCAGUGCAUUCUUCUUAUCCUCCUCUACAGCCUCAGAUGCCGGGAUACAUGCUGCCGCAGGAGAGACGAGACUGGAGGGAAUACAGCGGCGAUCAGCCUCAUCCUCAGGCUCCUCACGCAGAGUUACCGUACGGCCAGUGUCCGUAUCCACCCACACGCUCCCUGUCCUGGCACCCAUCGGCCUGUGACAACGGAUAUCAGAUAUCUGGCUCCUUCUACACAUAUUCGCCUACAGAAACCCAUCCAGUGGCAAUGGACCCCAAUAUGAGAUCGGCCGAAGCCAUGGCACUAUCAGACUGCCGUCUGCACGUGUCUCUGUAUUACCGUGAGUCUCUGGUGAAGGAGGUGACCACCAGCAGCCCUGAAGGGUGUCGCAUCUCCUCCUCUCCGUCUCCAGGAUCCCCCUCGUCCCCGUCCUCCCCGGGCCCCGAGGAGCGUCUGUAUGGCGGGGCCGAGCCCGUGCUCUUGCCCUUCCCGUACCCUCAGUCUCAGCGGCGCGGGGCCGAGAAGCUGCCGAAUGUGCUGGAGCGGGGCGUGCUGCUGUGGCUGGCUCCGGACGGGCUCUACGCCAAGCGUCUGUGUCAGGGGAGGGUGUACUGGGAGGGUCCUCUGGCCCCGUACGCCGACAAACCCAACAAACUGGAGAAAGAGCAGACCUGCAAACUGAUGGACACGCAGCAGUUCCUCUCAGAACUGCAGGGCUUCAUUCACCACGGCCGUCCCAUGCCUCGCUCUCAGGUGGUGCUGUGCUUCGGAGACGAGUUUCCAGACCCUCAACGGCAGAGCAAAAUGAUCACAGCUCAGGUGGAGCCCAUGUUUGCACGGCAGCUCCUGUAUUUUGCCGGCCAGACCAACGGUCACUACCUGCGCGGAUAUGAGGUUCAGAGUCAAGGUGCUUUACCUGUAGAAGAGUAUCAGAGAAGCAUGCAGCACUUGCAGGAGUAACACGCUUCAGAUGAGCUGAGAUGAUGACUGUAUCUGCUCUACAGCCAGCGGAGACUAGUGAAAGCCAAUGGAGCAUCAUAAUGAAGACUUGAAAUCGCAUCGCGAUCACCUGACCAAGUGCCCACUUUCACAUCCCCAAAGCCACAAACAUGACAAUCCAGCUCCUCGGACACCAUACAGUAUUGGGUGAAAAAGUUUCAUGAAUUAUGUCUCAGCGAGUCCAAACGUCUGAGAACAAACCACAUGCUAAAACACUGUCGAGUGCUGAUCAUUUGUAGAGACAAAGUGAAGUGUACUCAGAUUUUUGGACUCCCAAAUAUUUCAUACGGACGUUAAAGAAAGAAGCUAACCAAAAAUAAAACUACAAUCGAACUAUUUCCCCCCUAAAAUAUAGGAAUUGUUUGUUAGUUUUUGAUAAGUUGAUGUAU